AUGGAGCAUUGUCCGGGUCUGGAAACUUCGAAAGGUGGUCGUCCAAGGGUGUUAUCUGAAGCCGACAAGCGCUAUAAUGUUCGAAAGGUAACUAAGGAGCGGGUUUCAAGCGCCGUCAAGGUCACAAAAAUGUCGGAGAGAAUUAUUCAGAUGAAGGUUCAUCCGGAAACCGUUCGUAAAGCACUCCACACUGCGGGUUUAGGGGCUGUCGAGAAGGAAAAGAAGUUUUUGCUUAGUCACGCUAAUAAGCGUGCUAUUUGGACAGACAAGACCAACAUUAACCGUUUCAACUCAGAUGGGCGACAGUGGGCCUGGAUCCGAUCUGAUGAACAGCUUCAAAACCACCAUGUCAAGCUCACGGUAAAACACGGUGGUGGUAGUAUCACACUUUGGAGUGCCAUUACGUAUGCUGGUGUUGGCUGGAAGUGCAUGAUAAAUGGUAAUAUGGAUAAAGCACUCUACAAGAAAAUCCUUCAAGACGAAUUGGAGCAGACUAUCACUUUUUCCAUCGAGAAAUUGGGCUUCCGCCGUGAACAAGCGAUAUUCCAGCAAGACAAUGAUCCUAAACACACCUCAAAUUUGGUCAAGGAUUACCUUCAGGAACAAUCAUACCAGGUCAUGGAGUGGCCCCCACAACCUCCAAACUUCAAUCCCAUCGAAAACAUGUCGGCUUUGUUGAAAAGGCGUCUUAAUGAGUAUGAAGCCGCAACUAAGUGUAUGAGUGAACUUUAUGAGCGAGUAACCGAGAUUUGGUAUGACCAAAUGAAGCAGGGGGAGUGCCAAAAGGUUAUGGAAAGCAUGCCUCGACAUAUUGAGUUCGUUGUCAAAACUAAAGGGAAAUGGACAAAGUAUUAA